GAAAUGCUCAGUCCGGAGGCGACCGGGGUCUGGCUCCUCAUUGGACACGCCUUCUCUUGUCCCGCCUCCGUGGUCAAAGGCCGCCUCUGAUUGGCGCGUGGUCGGGCGCUACGCGGAGUCAGGGACCCUUCGCCUCCCGGAGAAGUCCCUCUGGACGCCUCGGGCUCCCUUCCCUGACGGAAGUGCGGCGCCGGGUUCAAAUUCCGACGCUGCCGGUUGGUGAAUUACUCGAUAACAGUGGAAACAUGUGGCCUCUCCCAUCUUAGCCUUGAUGAAUCUUACCACCACUGAACGUGGGCCGUGACUUUUUUUUGUCUCCAGCAUCCGUCUGUGAGUAUCAUUUCCAAAAAUCUUUAACUUCAACAUCAUAAAGCAGGAACUACAGGAUUGAAAGGGGGAGGAAAAUGACACCAAGAGGAAAAAUCUAAAGCAAAGGCUAGGACGGACUGCAGAGCAAAUAGCUUAGCCUCUUCAGUUAAGCCAGUGUCGUUUAAUGAAAUAAAGGCUGCUUUUGCUGGGCUGCUGGUCCGGAGCCAUGGUACCCUCGCUGUGGAAGGGGCUGGUGGGCGUCGGCCUUUUUGCCCUAGCCCACGCAGCCUUCUCCGCCGCCCAGCAUCGUUCUUACAUGCGAUUAACAGAAAAGGAGGAUGAGUCCCUGCCCAUAGAUAUAGUUCUUCAGAUCCUCCUGGCUUUCGCAGUUACCUGUUACGGCAUAGUUCAUAUCGCAGGGGAGUUUAAAGACAUGGAUGCUACGUCAGAACUAAAAAAUAAGACCUUUGACACAUUACGGAAUCACCCAUCGUUUUACGUCUUCAAUCAUCGUGGUAGAGUACUGUUCCAGCCUUCGGAUGCAACAAAUUCUUCAAACCAAGAUGCGUUGUCUUCUAACACAUCCUUGAAGUUACGAAAACUCGAAUCACUGCAUCGCUGAGAUUUUUACCAAUCAUCACAACAGGACAGGACACGGAGCUGGAAUAUUGGCGUUUGGGGUCUAUAAAACACCUCCCCUCAUCGAUACUUCUCUUGAUCUUUCAGACCUAAUUUUUAAAAGGUUGAUGCCCCUGGUUUUUAUACUGUUAAAUUAUCGAUGCAGUAUGAAAUAGCUGUGAAAUGAGUCUUUGAUCUUUCAUAGAGUUCUUUUUCCCCCAUUUUAAACAAAUAGGCAUCUUUUGUCAAAGUCACUGUUUUGAACACAUUUCUUUGGGG